AUGGAAAGAAGUGCGUUGCCAGCAGUGCCGUUAUUAACAGGAUCCAAUUACUUAGUCUGGGCUAUGAAAAUGGAAGCAAUUCUAAGCCUAAAGAAGCUGGACAAAAUGAUUAAUGAAGAAAAGCCAGCGGAAAAUGCCGAACAAAAAACAAGGAUCGAAUGGGAAACGAAGAAUAAAGAAACAGUGGCAUAUAUACGUUUACAUUUAUCGGACGAACAAGCAUUACAGUUCGCAACCGAAAAUGAAGCGAAAUUAUUGUGGAUCAAGAUUAAGAAUGCAUACGCAGGAGCGGCAGAGGAUCAAAAGAUCGACGCGAGCAACGACUUGAAAUUUCUCCGUAUGGAAGAGAAGGAAACAGUGAGCAACUAUAUUGCACGUGCACGUGGCUUAGCUACAAAAUGUGCAUCGUUAGGAUUAAAUGUGACGCCACGAGAAUUAGUAUAUUACACAGUACGAGGGAUAAACAACCAACAUAAAGAUAUCCGCGAAAUAUUGAAAACGCAACGGGAAAAAUCCUUGGAGGAAAUUCACGAGAUACUCAAGGAACUCCAGAGGAAGAACGACAAGAGGUGCUACAACUGUGGAAGAAGCGGCCAUAUUGCGAAGCUCUGUUGGAAUCGUAAAAACUACAAAGAGGAUCAUCACAGGGCUACCAACAACUACAAACGAGACGGAAGGAAAGACAAUGAUACGAACCGAGGAAUUACAGAGAGGAAGAAAUCCGCCAAUAGUAUAGUGAAACCUGUAAAUGGCUGGUGA